AGCUCCUCAGAGAUUUGAAAGCUCCACACAGGCAAGGAUGCAGUCAUCUGGAUAAACUUUAGAACAGCAGGAACGUUUACAGUGAAAGAAAAAGCAGGAGGAAAAGGGUUCAAAGAGAAGACGCUACCAUUGUCACAGCGACAGACAGAUGAGGUUUUCCAGUCAACCUGCAGACAGAUGUGGGAGCUGCAGCUGUUCUUAGCAUAUGAGGAAGCUGGAACGAUCAGCCUGGAACCAGACGGCAGCAGCAUGCCACCUUAACCAGCGCUAAGCUGGCCACCUUCGUCCAUCAAUCCUCAAUCCAGUCUCUCCACAUGGUGAAGAUGUAGUCUGUUUGAUCUCUAUGGAGAUGUCUCUAAACACAGACUCCUCUGCCUCGUUGCCAUGGUCACUGUGGUUGCUGUUCUUCCUGACCCCCAUCACCCAGACAACAAGCUCUGCCCCCACAUCUGAAACUUCUCUGCCAUUCAAUACCACGCUAUUGUUCGACAGUGGCACGCCGGGCUACAACCUACGGAACUGCAGCUGCUCUAAACCCGUCUGGGACUGCAACGAGGCUCUGGCCAACUCGCUGUGCAGAUGCCACACAGUUUUGCGCUCCGCUCUGCCCACUGCUGGGCUCAGAGAGCCAGGACGACUCACUGUCUGGGUGAAGGAGCUCUGGGUGCUGGAAGAGCUGCUAAACAGGAGCAUGGUUGGGCAUUUGCGGUUGUCAUUUUGUGGAAUAAAACCAAUGGACAGUCAGUACCUGGCUUUGCAAGGUUUGCGUACCCUAAGGAUCCACAGCGCAGCACCAGAAGCUACUUACCCCAACCAGGAGAUUACAAUUUCCCCUGCAGCAGGGAUUGCAGUGGAGCUAGAGGCCCUCUCCUUUGACUUCUCCUCCUCUUUCCACGUGACCUUCCUGGAUGUAGCAGUGCUCAACGGGCUCUCUGCCCUAAAGGCAUACAGUGUGGUGGGACCACCUGCUCACAACCUCUCCCAGACCUUCCCCCACCUGGCUUUGCCCCUUGCUACGCCAUACUCUGCUGCUCCUGAUGACCCCAUUGACCCCAGUGAGCAGGCUGCAGAGCCUCUGCAGAACCUGCUUAUCACGUUUGUCUACUAACAACAACACAUCCUCAUUAGGGCAGUACAAAUGACAAAUGAUGUGCAGGAAUUAUACACAACAGAGCUGGAUGUUUCUUUGUUCUCCUUUUGCAAAGGAAAAGUUGCACAUCUGACAUAUCUGUGGAAUAAACUUCUUUCUGACUAGCUGCUGUCAUUCUGGCCUAAAUGUGGCUUUGAACAGGAAAGAAGAAAAACCUCUUUACCUUACCCUGAUGCCUUUUCUUCAAUGAGACUACAGACUUCAGACAGAACAUGUGUGCUGAACUCCUGCUGGUGUUUUCCCAUCCCUGAGCGCAGAUAUAGACACAAUGUUUGAGAAUGUUUGCCACAGCAUAUUUUGCGAAUCAUUCCAAAACAGUGAAUGAUGAUUUGCAAACCAGAAAGCGAAGGGUCAACGCCUGCUCCUUACAUUACAACUGAUUUGCUGCAGUUGUUGGAGAUGUUGCUUGUACAAAUAUUCUGGAACUGCUGCACAUACCGUUGUUCCACUGUUACAUGUAACUCACAUAUGGAGUACAUAGUGACUUCCAAAUUCACUAGUCUGCAGAUGUGCUCGUAAACACUCUACGUGCACAAUUAAAACAGCAGGUAGCUGGAAGCCACACAGGCUAUGGUUACACUUGACUUUUCAAAUUGAUUUUUGAGAUCUGUGUGCCUACAUCUGGCCCUGAAAACAUGUGGCUUCUGUGGGUUGUUUCAACAUCCUUCCAUCUUCCACCUUUCACAUUUGAUCCAGAAGAUGUGACAGUACUAAUGUGAGGACAAGCUGUUUAUUGCAUAUCAGAUGACACACAGCAGUUUAUUGUGUGAUGAGUGUAACCGCAGCCACUGUGACAGACAGACAGCGAUCUGGUACGCCAUCUGCAAGAACUGUAUUCAGAACAGAGAGGGAUGACAGGUCCCAGAUCCCGCUCCCAGCUGCCAAGUGGGUGUUAGCUCUUCCCCCAUCCAGGUGCUGUCAGAUAUAUCAGGGCAGCUGGACAGGAUGAACAGUAGGGAGGAGGCCUUUGACUAGACUGGCCACUUCAAACUAAUGCAGAUGUUUGUUGACAUUUACAUGUAGACGGGUGACAAAAUACGGAGAAACAUAACAAAUGCAGACUUCCUGAUGAGUCUAAAAAUGAUGGACCAAUGUAUAGACAGCACUAACCACCACCAUCAUCAGAACACCAAAUGAGGGAAUAUCUUUUGGGAGAAUGACGGUCAAUCCACAAGUGACUUGGAGAGUCUAUUUAGAAGCUCUGAAGCUAGGCGUGGCACUUGCUAAUGAACAACAUUAGAUGAAUUAGAGGAAAAAGGUAGCAAGUGAACCUUGAGAUUAUUUAGUCACAUAAACUGGUCCCACUGUCAAGAAUGAGCCUAACAUAUGACACCUUACUAUGUUUAGUUUCUAAAGUUUUUUCCUGUUAAUUUGUCACCUAUCUUUGCAUGAAGCAGCUAUGGCCACUAAACAUUCUUGGUCUAGAUUCCAGGACAGGUCAAACCAGAUUACACUUAAAUUUGGGGCCCAGUGGUGCCAGUCCUGGUUAGCAUUGUUAAGGUGAAGGACUGUUGUUUUCUAUUAGGGUAAUGAACACAGCUGUUUGCUCUGCACUUUUUACUUAAAGCUGGGUUGGCAAUUUAUUUCAGACACAUUUCUGUUAUAUUUGUUGAUCUUUACAUCCCGACAGCAAUCAAUAAAUCAAAUACUCUGACACAAAAGUGACUGUAAUGAGCACAGCCAAUCAUUUCAUUGGGAGUGGAUGAAUUGACUGCAACAAUAGCACAAAGAGCAAGGUCUCACAGCAAGAAGGUUGUCGGUUCAAUCCCUCGUUGCCCUGGCCUUUCUAUGCAGAGUUUGCAUGUUCUCCGCAUGGGUUCUCUCCAGGUGCUCCAGCUUCCUCCUACCGUCCAAAGACAUGCAGGCUAGGUGUUAAUUGGUGUCUCUAAAUUGCCCUUAGGUGUGAAUGUGAGUUUGACUGGUUGUUCAUCUAUGUUCGGCCCUGCAAUGGACGGGCGGUUUCUUUUGAUAAUACGCACCACUAAAGCACAAUUAAAGCCUUAACGAUUAUGGUUCUAAUGUUUACCCACUCUUAUAGACUUUUCUUUCUGGCCCAGUGUCAAAUCUAUUUUUUAUACCUUUAAUAUUUCACUUGAUAUUAUGCUUACAUGGUGUAUAUAGUAUAUAAGUUUGUGUUAUAUCAAAUUAUCAGACAUUAGCUGACAUACAGCAAUGGCUAGGAUUCCAGCAUGGGCAUACUGCUUUGCUUUUGGGACUGGAAAAAAUGGAUUCCAUCCUAGCCUUUUUAUUUCAGUUAAUAAUUAGACUGUUAAUCCACCCCUUGAUUAUUGGGUGAAAAUAUGUCUACUCACUUGUAAAUUAAAUCUAAAUUCUUUUAGGUUUCUGGGUUACUAAAUCUGCUCUUUUAACAGCAUUUCUAUAGUUAGAUUGCAACAGAGUCUAUGUUGAAAUAACUUACAGCACAGUCUCAAUGCAUGAGGUGCAAAGGGGGGGAGGCAAAGAGAGAAAUUCCUGCUUCAGGGAUCAAUAGAGCAUCAUAAAAAAACAAGAUGUACUGUGGCAGCUGACUCCAGUGAACACUGGCUGGAACCAAUCCAGAGUGGGAUCAGAGUCACCAGAGCUGGACAAUACUGUUGUCUCUGAGAGGGAGCUUUCAGUGUUAAGCUAUUUUGUUGAAGAGAUUUUAAGUAAAUUAUAAUAAAACAUGUCUGUUGUCAAGAGUUAAGGACAGCUGCCCACAGCAAAAAGGUAGGAGAAAAAACAAGUGAAAGACAAGGGUCGUGUCAGUCUGACGGAGAGGCGCAGUAGGCUGCAGUCUGCUGCUGCGUUUUUUCAGCUGGUCUUAUUGAGUGCAGAUGGCCUAAUAAAACAAGUUGUUUUGAAACAGAUUAAAAUGGAUGCCCAAAGAACAAGAGUCCCAGGAUUAGGAUCCCUCACACCAGCCAACGAAUCUCACUUUGACUCUGUAGAGAUGGUUGAGUUACGCAGUUAUUAACCGACUUACAGCCUACUUGGCAGGGCCUAGUGAGGGAAGAAAGGGAAGUGAAAGAGAAAUUUUCUCAGUAUCGUGCUGGAUGUGAUUCACUUACUCUACAGCUCUUUGUCAGGAUGGUUUGUUUUUGUUUCUGGAUAUUUAUAUGCAGUCACUUUAGAGAGGAGUUGGAGGAGAAUUUUAAUCAAAGUCAAAGUUGAACAACUCUCUCUCUCUGGUUUCAUGCUCCCUUUCUCUUCCUGUUUCCAGCUCAUAUCCUGUGAGAGACUGUCAUGAAGCUGCACAACACAAUCCAGGGCCAGCACUUCUUUUCUGCAGAUCAUUGAAAGUCUCUGUGUGUCUGUGUAGUUGCUACAAAAACUACCUACUAAAGUCCAUAGUUUCAGCAAAAUAAAUUCAGAUUGCACCACCAAAGCUCACAAUGCUCACAAUACCUGUAAGGCCAAACUAAGCGGAGUUUCCCCACACAGACUUUGCAGGCUGUCCAGGUAUAUCAAUGGCCACCAAAGUAUAAUUGCCAACCCAUUUCAGCACUUUGCAGAGAAACAUUAUCUUGUAUUAUGUUAGAAGACAUGGACACGGUGGAUAUUUUACAGCAUCAGUGAACACACCUGUUGGUGCCGAUGUCAUUCAGCACCACUGUGGUCUCAAUCGUUUCAGUAGGGAACGUCAUUAACAACAAGCCACUGAAAACAGAACUGCAGGUGAAAAAAUCCUUGUGUUUGUUAUUUUGGCAACUUUGAAAAAAUACUGCUGAAGAAGAAAGACAGGUGCAGGUGUGUGUGUCUGAAGGGACAAGUAAAGUGAGCAAUUUAAAUUAAUUAGAAUUAAACCUGGAAAAUCCUGUAAACUGCUGCAGUAUGGGAGAAAAAUGGAAAAUUUAAUUUAUUUAAUAGUCAGUGUUUUAUUAUAAACAUACAAUUGAAUUGGAUGAAUGGCCAGUACUUAUACUGGUGCUAAUAUGGGUCCUAAUAAAGAGUUUUCCAUUAAAAAGAGUUACAAAAAUGUUUUUAGAAAGACAGAAAAACACUUUUAAUUGCCACUAUGUUGCAUUGCAACACACUUGAGACUAGAGAUUAGCCACUGUGUAAAAAGGUGAUUAGAAAAAAGUUGGGAGAUUUUUUAUUCACUUCAGUGUUAUUCUUUUCUGGGACAUUAUGACCAUCUAGUGGCCAUUAAAGUGCAGUUACAGGAGCUUUAUUUCAGCCCGGCCGUGGUGACUUAAACUUAUUUUCAUCAGUUGACAAUAAUUUAACGACCGUACUGUGUUAGUAGUUCUUUCUUUAGUUUGAUGUAUUCUUCUUUUGUUCUUUCCUACCCUGUGCCUGUCUGGCAGGGCUGCAUCCUUGCACUGAAUACAUUUUCUUUCUGUGCUUUUAACACAUGGAUAUGAAAACAGGAUGGUGACUAUAACGCCUAGAAACACCCAUGCCCUUCUUCUGAAACAAGACUGAACUGGGGCUUUCUUUGUUGAAUGGAAACAUAUUUCAUUAUGCAACAAGCUGAGAUGAAUUUCUCUGGAAUUGCUGUGAGUGGUUAAGAAAAUACAACCAGCACAUGCCAGGUCAAUUUGCUCUGUGUAUAUAAAAGAGUUGGUACUGAAAGCUUCAAAGAUUUCUCGACACCUUCAGCACAUCUUUUGUUGCCUUUAAGCCAACAUUCACAACCAGUAUUCAGCUCAGGAAUGGAGUCCAUCCAUUACAGUGCACAAAUUGCUCCUACCAAGCAUUCUACCUUUAGUCACUCCCAUCUGGUGAACGGGGUGAUUACACACCUCCAAAAGACACCUUUUAAUGGUUUUCAGACAGGAUGUUUAAAACAGGCCAUGGGACUUUGUGCUUAUGCUCCCAUCAGCACACAUCUGACAGUCUUAAAACGUUUGGGACAUUCCACCAAAAAAAGGGUGAAAAUGAGAUCACUGGGUUUUUUGGGUUUGACAUCACUCUCUUGUGUUAGAGCCUCAACUUCCUUUUCUUUCUCUUCUCUCUUGAUCUUCAUUACAGGAUAAUAGCACAUCAUCAGGGAAUGUAAUUAUUCAAAUGUAAUUUGUUAUGAUUCUGUGUAAUCCAUGGCUAUGUGCCUUAAACUUUGUACACAUUGCAGAUCAGCAUUUU